CAUGCCUGGUGCCUUUAGAAGCUCUUCACUGUUUCACAGCCUGCAGGAGAAAAAGGGGGGCUUUCUCAUGCAGCCUCGCAUUCCUUUCCUCUUUCUGGGCUAUAAAACCUGGGUCCCCAAGAGCCUGGCUCCUCCUCCUCCUCCUACACUGUUUGUGUUCUGGCACCUCAUCUGCCUCGCGGCCAGAACGUACCAUUUCAAAGCAGAGGGGAAGUCGUGCGUCUGAGGAGAGGAGAGCUGCUGUUGUGGUUACCACAGGCCACCCCGCCACCCCCACACGCCAGAGCUGUUGGACUGUUCUGAACGGUGGAAGGGUGAGGGUGGAGGGGACUCGGAAGAGGAGAGAAAGCGUUUGGUGAACCAGCUGAUCAGAGCAGCGGCGACACUGGAGGACGUGGACAGACAUGAGGAUUCACUCUCGAGCCUGAAGAGGAAGAGAGGAAACGCUUCUGCCGUGGAAGGGACGGACAUUUAAGAUGUGACAACCCGUGACUGGAUGAAAAUCUGAGGCUUCACCGCAGGAAAAAAAAAAAAGAGUCCUUUAAAGGAGGCGUCCAGAGAAGCAGGAGGGAUGUCUUGGUUGUCACCUGUGUCUUGGGCCAAGUGGACGUGGGACGUGGUCAGAGGUGGGGAGGAGGAGGAGGAUGAAGAGGGACAUCAGGAGAGACGAGCAGAAGAGGAGGAUGAGGAGAGAUCGCAAGGCGGCAGCUCUGACUCAGACGGUCAUUUUGGAACUCCUGAGGCAGCAACACCCAUCCACGCCCCUGCAGUCGUUCCGGAGGAGCUGGAGAACAACAACUGUGACGCAGACCGGACAGAUGUGGAGCAAGACGAGCAGCUGAUAGUGACAGCUUUAACUGAAGAGCCCCAGCGUUUGGUGUUCCACGACAUGGGUCAGGACGAACCUGCGGAUCCCCGGGGUGACCCGCUUGAAUUGAGUGUUCAGAACCAGGGAGAGGAACAGACAGUAAACCUCUGUGAGCCUGUGGACGCCGAGCCAGCUGGGGAAGCGAUGACAACAGCACCAGAGGUUGCAGACAACAAAGUUCCGACCGCAGAGCCACCACACAGAACACCUUCCAGCAUAGCUACAGAACCCACCUCGGAUCCUGCACCAGCACCUGCUCCAGAAAGUGACUCAAUUCAAAGUGACCAACCUCCGGUGGAGCCAGUGGAAGAACUCCUGGAGGAGAAGCCUGUUGUUACCUCAGAACAAAACGUCAAGGGACCGAAAACAAGUAAACCCAAACCACCUCUCUUGGAUAUAAAGUCCGCUGUGGAUGAAGCUGCCCCUAUUGAGGAGCAAGAGAUCCCUCUCCCUAAAGCUACGUACAACUUUGACUUAGACCACCUGGAUGACAGUUUUAAUCCAUUCACCAGCGGGGGAUCCAAAAUCCCAAACUCCCCACCGCCGUGCAACUCCAGUUCGUUCACAAGGCCGGAGCCAAUAGGGGGUGCUGUUACCCCCUCCGAAGACAAUCAAUCCGCACUAUCAGCAGGUUCGAUUCCUGAGGCUAAACCUGUGUUGCUGGAGUUUGGUCUGGAUGAGGGGCCAGCUAGCAAACCUCCUCCCAGAAAAUUAGGAGGUAAAAAGACUGUCAGCAAGUUCUCCGUGAAAAAGCAGAAACCCAAGGUUUCAGAUUAUGGCGGCAAAUCUGGGCCAGCGGUUUCCGAAACACCUCCCACAGUGGAACCAGAACGAGCACCAGAGUCAGGCCCUGAAGUCUCAACUUCAGACGGUUCUCUACCUCAGAACCUGGAUGAUGUUCCUAUCCCCAAAGCAGGGACGUACAACUUUGAUCCCAGUCAGUGGGAUGACCCCAACUUUAACCCCUUCGGGAGCAACAGCAAGAUGAGCAGUUCUCCAGUGCUCCCUAAAGGUUCCUACAGUUUUGACCCAGACAAUUUUGAUGAUUCCAUGGACCCCUUUAAAUCAUCCAAAACACUGAGUAUGAGUGAAUCGCCGGCUGCUUCUGCUCCGCCAAAGGCGGAGGGCAAGAAAACGGUAGAGCGGAAACCUCGGCAGAUUCCCAAGAAGAGCAAAGAGAGGACGACCAAGACAUCUGAACAAGCCAAGCUUCUGUGUUUUCUGUUGAAUCCGUGUAAAGCGGAGAAGUUUGAUGAAUGCCAGCCUGCUGCGUCUGACGUGUGCAGUCAGGUGGAGGAUAAUGUAGUGGUUCAAACCCCAGAGAUUACUCAACAAAUUCAUCAUGCCACUGAUGAGGAGAAGCUGGCCUCCACUGGCAUCAUGGCUCCAACAGCAGACUAUGAGGAGGAGAAGGAGGAGACUCUUAAAGAGUCUCUGAAGUCAACUGGCAAUAAACAGCAAAUCUCCAAGGCCAUUCCUCCUGAGAAGACAACAGCGCCCUCGGAGGUCACCUGCAGUCUGAAAGACGAUACAGAUGAAAUAUCCAAAGUAUCUGCCAACACUGAGACCUCAGACACACCGGCGGCGUCACAAGACAUCCAUCUGAGCGAGAUGGACAAGGCUGCUGUUCUCACCCUGAUAAGAGAAGAAAUCAUCACAAAAGAAAUCGAGGUCAACGAGUGGAAGAGGAAGUACGAGGAGAGCCGAGCGGAAGUGAUUGAGAUGAGGAAAAUUGUUGCGGAGUAUGAAAAAACAGUGGCACAAAUGAUUGAGGAUGAGCAGCAGCAGAAGACCGUCAGUGGCAGCAAGUCUGUCAGACAGCUGACCUUGGAGAGAGACCAGGCGGUGGCUGACCUCAACUCUGUGGAGCGCUCUUUCGCCGAUCUCUUCAGGAGGUAUGAGAACAUGAAGGAGGUGCUAGAAGGAUUCAAAAAGAACGAGGAGGUGUUGAAGAAAUGCGCUCAGGACUAUUUAGUACGGAUCAAGCAGGAGGAGCAGAGAUACCUCACACUGAAGGCUCAUGCAGAGGAGAAACUGGACAAGGCGAACGAGGAGAUUGCUCAGGUUCGGUCCAAGGCCAAUGCUGAGGGUGUGGCCCUGAAUGCCAGUCUGAGGAAGGAACAGAUGAAGGUGGACUCUCUGGAACGAGCCGUUCUGCAGAAGAACCAGGAGAUCGAGGAGCUGACCAAGAUCUGUGACGAGCUGAUCGCCAAACUGGGAACGGAUUAGACUAAACACUUGAGCGGAAAUAUUCCAAACAUAGCGCCGUUGUUGCUGCUGCCUCGCUUAUGUCCAUGAUAAUCUAGUGUUUCUUUGUGCAAUGUAACAUAUGAAAUGUCAUAUGGGAGGAAACGAUGUGUUGGGGAUAUGCUCAAAAGGCUUGAAUGUGGAUUGAAUAAAGUUAUGGUGAAUUUGUUUAGUCAAUAUAAAGGGAAGGAAUUAUGGAUAAAUAUUGACAUAUUUGACAGAAAAGUCACUCGGUGCCUUUUUUAGUAAAAUAAUGACAGUGAAAGUAGUCACAUAUAUUAUGUGUUGAGUCAGAAAGCUUCUUUGUAUCUGUGUUAUGACAUUGAAUAGCAUAAGAGCGACAAUGGGUGAAAAAAUAUGUGCCAAAUAAAAAUUAAAAAAAAAACAUACUGUCAUACUAUGACAGGGAGUGUUAUCAGAGCCCUGUACAUUGCUUUGAUGUAAAUACUGUUUCAUGUACCUGACAAGGGAUUCAUUUCUCUGGUUCCGUUAUGUGACCAGACAACUGUCGGAUACGUACUGGUUACAAUAUAUACCACAGUUCUACAGUAAGAAUGGGCUGCAGUGAUUUGCAUGGCAGUGACUGCAAGAGAAAUACAUGUACCAGCAGAGCUCCUUUCUGAUAAGCACAAUCCACCGCCAAAUGUCAGUGUGUUUCUAUGGUGUUGCAGUGUUUGUGUGAAGGUUUUUAUUGGUGCAAAGCUAUUGCAAAACUAUAAUGUAUAUUUUAUACCAUAUGAAAAGAGAAAUAUUUGUUGUAAACAGAAACUCAGAUUGUACGUCAAGUGCUAUAUUUUGUGCAUUCCAAAUAAAUGUUG